AUGCAAGGUGCAUAUGAUCUCUCGCUGGGGAAGAUGGCAGAGCCAUGUGAUUUCGAGACAGCAAUCGCUCAAACAGGUUUUGGUUGGUUCAACAUUAUGUUAAUGGCGGCGGCUUUCCUAUCGGCCAUGGUGUGCGUGUUUGACACAACUGCUAUGGCAUACGUCAUCCCGCUGUCGCAGUGCGACCUCAAGCUUUCCAGCAUUGACAAAGGAGCCCUCAACGCCAUCGGUUAUGCUGGACUGAUCAGCAGCUCGCUACUGUGGGGCUCCGUUUCAGACAUGGUCGGUCGAAUCAAGCUGCUCAGAGUCGCCUUGCUCAUUGACGGCAUCCUGGCCUUCUGCUCGGCUUUCUCAACCUCGCUCUGGAUGUUGCUAUCUCUCAGAUUCAUAGUCGGAUUCAUGAGCUGCACCGCCCUGCCUCUCACGAUGACGUUCGUCGCGGAGUUCCACGGCAUGAAGUACCGCAGCCGCUGCAUCAUGGCGGUCGGCUUCUAUCUCGGGGCUUCACAGGCCCUCCUGCCUGGAAUUGGCCUGCUCAUGCUGACGAAGAUCUGGGAGUAUGACACGGGCACGAUGAAGCUACAUCCCUGGCACGUGUUCGUCAUGGUGAGCUCGGUUCCCGCUCUCCUCGGGGCUGUUGUCUUCUCGCUCUUGCCAGAGACUCCCAAGUUCCUCAUGGCGCAAGGACGGAAUGAGGAAGCGCUGGCCGUAAUGCGGAAGAUGUAUGCCACCAACACACGCACCCAUCCGGACACUUACCCGGUGGAGAGCCUGGUGGAGGAGACGCCGGGCGGCUUCCAGUCGCAGGAGGAUGGCACCGCGUCCGUCAAGGUGCUCCUGACCAGGGUGGUGACUGGCUGCCAGCAGGUGCUGCUGCUCUUCACCACGGAGCUCGUACGCUACACGGUCCUUGUCCUCUUCAUAGAAGGCUGCGCCCUCCUCAGCCUGAACACGGUGCGGCUGUGGCUACCGCAGCUGUUCACGACGCUGGAAGAGUUCUACGAGGCGCAGCGGCUGAGUGGCAACUCGACGCCAGUCUACAUGUGCGAUGCUCUCACUGCCCAUCGGCUGGAAAAAAAAUGCCUCACCACAACUGUCGUCCCCUUAAAGACGGAAGGUCACAACGGCAGUGCUGCCACAGGGGGCCGCUGCAAACCGUAUCUGACAAACGAGAGGGUCUACAUCAACUCAAUGAUCGUAUGCAGCAUUCCGGCGGUGGUAGUCGGUUUGAGUAGCAUCCUGGUGCGAUUAUUGGACUACAAGCGGGUUGUCAUCUUGUGCUGCCUGCUGAGCAGCGUCUUCUGCAUGUCGGUGUUGUGGUCCACGGGCUGGGUGACGACGGUGGCGCUGUUCACAACCUACCUGUCCAACGUCAACAUCGUCUGCACCUGUGUGCUCGGCGCCGUCGCCACCAUCUUCCCCACCAAGCUCAGGUUCGCAUCACCCAGUAGUAGCUGUUUUGACUGUUAA